AUGGCGAAGAAGAAAGAGAGAAACGUUAACGUCUCAGGAAAACCGAAGCACUCUCUCGACGCCAACCGGAGUAAUGACCCGAAGACGGAGUCGCGGUCCGCCGCCACAGUCCGCCGUCUCAAGAUGUACAAAACCAGACCCGUUCGUAACAGUGGAGGCAAAAUCCUCAGGCAAGAGUAUCAAUCCAAAGACCUUCCAAGCACUCGAAUCAAACCCGAUCGUCAAUGGUUUGGGAAUACUCGUGUUGUGAAUCAGAAAGAGCUUGAGUUUUUCAGAGAUGAAAUGGCGAAGCAUAGUUCGAGUAAUUAUAAUGUUAUUCUCAAGGGCAAGAAUUUGCCUAUGUCGCUUCUUAAUGAUCACCAGAAGCAAUCUAGGGUUCACCUUCUUGAUAGAGAGCCUUUUUCGGAUGCAUUUGGCCCUAAGACUAAAAGAAAACGUCCAAGCCUUUUGGCUACUGACUAUGAGUCUUUAGCUAAGAAAGCCGAUGGUUCUCAAGAUGCUUUUGAAGAGAAGUAUGAUGCAUCUGCAGAAGCUAAUGAAGCAGAUGGAUUUAGAGAUUUAGUGCGGCAUAACAUGUUUGAUAAAGGUCAAAGUAAACGUAUAUGGGGUGAACUCUACAAAGUGAUAGAUUCUUCAGAUGUUGUUGUCCAGGUUAUAGAUGCAAGGGAUCCACAAGGCACAAGAUGUUACCAUUUAGAGAAGCAUUUGAAAGAAAAUUGCAAGCACAAACACUUGGUGCUUUUAUUGAACAAGUGUGAUCUAAUUCCCGCCUGGGCAACAAAAGGAUGGCUUAGAACUUUGUCAAGAGAAUACCCAACUCUAGCGUUCCAUGCAAGCAUUAACAAGUCCUUUGGAAAGGGUUCACUUCUAUCGGUUCUAAGACAAUUUGCAAGAUUGAAAAGCGAUAAGCAAGCAAUAUCUGUUGGUUUCGUUGGAUAUCCAAAUGUUGGGAAGUCAUCGGUGAUCAAUACAUUGCGUACAAAGAAUGUUUGCAAGGUUGCUCCAAUUCCAGGGGAAACCAAAGUCUGGCAGUAUAUAACCCUUACCAAGAGGAUCUUUUUGAUUGAUUGUCCCGGUGUUGUCUACCACAACAAGGACACUGAAACAGAUGUUGUGCUGAAGGGCGUGGUACGUGUAACAAACUUGAAAGAUGCUGCUGACCAUAUAGGUGAGGUUUUGAAACGUGUGAAGAAGGAGCACUUGACAAGAGCUUAUAAAAUAAAAGAGUGGGUUGAUGAAAAUGACUUCCUACUUCAGCUCUGCAAGUCAUCUGGCAAACUUCUAAAGGGUGGUGAACCUGACCUGAUGACUGCAGCGAAGAUGAUACUUCAUGACUGGCAGAGGGGUAAAAUUCCCUUUUUUGUUCCUCCUCCUAGGCUGAAUGACGUGUCCGAGGCAGAGGAGCCUAAUGUUAAUGGCAUUGAUGUUGACGAGACAGUUGACCCUAACCAGGCAUCUGCUGCCAUUAAAGCUAUUGCAAGUGUUCUUUCAUCUCAGCAGCAAAGAAAUGUACCGGUUCAAGGGGAUUUAUAUACUGAGAAUGAGAUGAAGGGAGAAACUGCUGACCAACUUCCAUACACAGCAGAUGAUACAGAUGAAGAUAGUGACUCAUCUGAGCAGGAUCCAUCCACUGAGGUUCCAUCUGAGCAGCUUGUUUCUGACGAGACAGUACCAACAAGUGAAUCAUGA